AUGUUAAGUGAUGAUCACAAUAAUGAUGAAUACAAAGGUUGGCAGUCAGUGAUCGACGCCUCGGAUAUACUUAAAAAUGAUCCGAAAGUUAGAUUUAUUUCGAGGAUUGUGUCAUCAGUUAAUGUGAGCGCUGAGUGUCGGGAAAGUGUUAGAAAUACAUUGCAGUCAUUUGAAGGGUUGGAGGACUGGGCCUUUCAAAUGCUUAACUCUUGGGGCGAUUUCCCACCAAAAGGUGUUAUGGAGGGCACGAUCACCGACUUCGGCGACUAUGACCAGUGUCUGUCGAUUGAACCCAAUUUAUCGAUUGGUCGCUCUCAAUAUUGUUUGGUCGACCUGGAAGUGCCCAUGCCCAAACCAUUGGUGUCCGAAAAUAUUAAUUAUUUUGAUAUCAUUGAUGUUUUGCCUAAAAGUGUUAAUAAGAGUUCAAACAAUAUAUUCGUUAAGCUGUCUCGAGACGCCUCUUAUUUCUACUUCUUCUUCUUGAGGACCGGUAUCUGUACUCCCGAUAAAUGUACUAAACAUGACAUCAAACUCAUGGUUCAUAAAAGUUUUCUAAAUACUGGCUUAAAGCUAAGAAACAUAUCGUGUGAAGUGAAAACACCGAACAAACUUAAUUGGGUUCAAAUAUUGGCAAUAAAUUCCUUCGGAUCUCUAUUCUACUCAUCCAUACCUUUCUAUUGA